AUGGCUGAUCGAGAACAGCUGACCGAAUGGCAGGGAAUGGAAGGAGAAUCCCUUUUAUAUUGCAAAAUGUUUAUUCACGUAGUCUGGAUGACGUACUCGAAACGUGGAAACCCCAUUAUCGUUCUUUACGGCUAUAGAUACUCCUUGAAAAACACAAAGGAGAGUUGCGGUACUGUAAUCAGGAGGUGGCAAUGUUCAACACACACAAACAGGGGUUGUCUGUCCUCGAUCAUGACAAAUGACCAAGUCAUAGUCCAUAUGAAAAAUGAGCACAACCACCCGCCUUCUAUUACUAAAAAAGGAAAGGAACUUUGGAACUUGGAGAUUGAGGUACCUAGGAAAAAGUAA